AUGGAGAAGCUCCAGUCCGUGGACUGGAGGGGUCUGUACAAGACGGCCACCAACAAGGUCAAAAAGUACACCAUGAACCUGUCGGAGCUGGAGCUGCAGGUGGAGGAUGCCACCAGCCUGGAGGUCUGGGGCCCCCAUGGCUCUGUGAUGACAGAGAUUGCCGAGUCCUCCUUCGAUCCAGAGAGCUACCGUCAGAUCAUGGGGGUGAUCGCCAGGAGGCUCAAGGAGGAGGGUGAGAACUGGCGCAUGUGCUACAAAGCCCUGCUCCUUCUGGAGUUCCUGAUCAAGCACGGCCCCACCCAGGUGGUACGCGACGUGGAGUCCAGCGGCGGCGUGCUGGAUCGCCUGACCCGCUUCCAGUUCAAGGACCCCAAUGGCAAGGACCACGGGCAGAACGUGCGGCACCGCGCGGGGGAGAUCGUGGCGCUGGUGGCCGACCCGCCGCGCCUGGCCGCGGAGCGGGAGAAGGCGCGGGCCAACCGCACCAAGUACACCGGCGUCGUGUCCAGCUGGGCGCCCAGCGUGCAGCCCAGCGGCGGCUGGCACCAGAGCGUGCGCGGCAGCGUGCUGGCGGGCGACAGCUUCACACUGGGGGAGGGCGAGGCGCAGGGCGCCUCGCUGUCCCCGGGCCUGUCGACCAGCUUCUCGGGCGGCGCGGGCGUGGGCGCGGGCGCGGGCCUGGACGACGGCUCGCACUACAUCUCGCGGCGCCGGGACGGCGCCGGCGCCGGCGGCGCGGAGGACGCCGUCGCCGCCACGCGCGCCCGCAUCGAGUCGCUGCGGGCCUCGCGCGGCGCGGCGGCCGCGGCCGCGGCGCGCUCGACCGGCCUUGGCGCCGGCGCGGAGGAGGGCAAGCGCCGCCUGCUGGCCGACACGCGGGUCGACCCCCGGAUCGCGGCCUCGCUGGGCCUCAAGCUGGCCGCCGCCCAGCCAGCGGCCCGGGCCCCGGCGCUGGCCGGCGAGGCCGACGGCCGGCCGGGGCCCGAGAGUGGCGGGGCGACGCGCCAGCACGCCUCCAGCGACGACGCGGUGUCCCUGCCGGGCCCCGGCCUCGACCUGCUGGGGGACCUGGUGGGGGAGGACGCCCCGGCCCCCAUGCCCCAGCCGGCCGCAGACCCCUUCGACCCCUUUGCGCCGGCGGGGCUUGCGGACGAGGACGCCGGCCCGCCCCGGGACGCAUGGGACGCCUUCGCCCCUGGCCCCACGCCCCCAGGCCCCACCCCACUGGCGGCUGCGUCGAACGCCCGCGCCCCGCUCCCCGAGGACGCCUUCUCCUCCCUGUCGCUGGGCAGCCCCGGCGCCGGGCCGCCGGCCCUCGGUGCUGUGCCGUCGGGCCUGGGUGCCCUGCCGCCCGUCGCCCCUCUCGUCCCGACCCAGAAACCUGCGCCCCAGGCGGCCUCCAGCUUCGGGAGCAUGCUCAGUGCGGGGGGCUACGGGCUGUCCACCCCCGACACCCGCUCCUCCAAGCCCGACCCCUUUGCCGACCUGCUGGGCUGA